UCCAAUCUUUAUCCUCCAGCCAAAGCUUCAGCAGAACCAGUCAUGUGCCUUCCUCUCUUGGAUCCCUUUAUUCACCCAGCCUUCCGUGAUGUCUUUGAAACAAUGCCAUUUUGUGACAAGCUUACCUUCCUGUACGUUCAUUCCUUGGACAGGCUAAAGCUGUGGCAUAAGUUGCCGGUGUUCCUAGGGUUGACGUACCUGCAGCAACGUCGAACUCUGCAUGAGAAGUACAGCCUCCUCAACGUGGGAAUGCCCGAUACGACUCCGUUCAACCCCGACGACUACGCCUACAGAACCGACGACGGGGAGUACAAUGACCCGGAGAACAGUAAGGCUGGGAGCCAGAACACCUUCUUCGGGAGGAACAUGCCACCCAUGGAACAGAAUAACCAUCUCUUGAGCCCCGAUCCAGCGGUCGUGGCGACCAAACUUCUAGCUCGGAGGACGUACAAAGACACAGGCAAACAGUUCAACCUGAUCGCAGCUUCAUGGAUACAGUUCAUGGUGCACGACUGGAUGGAUCACCUGGAGGAUACUGAGCAGGUAGUACUCCAUGCUCCUCCGCUGGUCGCUCAUGAAUGCCCGCUGAAGUCAUUCAGGUUCUACAGCACAAAGGAGGUGCCCACAGGUGGUGAAGCCAUUGAGACAGGCCACCUAAACAUCCAGACUUCUUGGUGGGAUGGAAGUGCUAUAUAUGGAAGUGAAGGAAAAAAGGAGGCAAAGGUGAGGACGCAUGUCGAUGGAAAAUUGAAGAUAGGGGACAAUGGUCUUCUUCAACACGAGGUUAAUGGAAUCGCAAUAUCCGGCGACAUUCGAAAUAGCUGGGCUGGAGUUUCUGCUUUGCAAGCUCUCUUUGUCAAGGAACACAACGCUGUUUGCGAUGCCCUAAAGGAGGAAGAUCGUGAUCUUAACGACGAAGCGUUGUUUCGGCACGCAAGACUUGUAACAUCUGCAGUCAUUGCGAAAAUUCACACCAUUGAUUGGACGGUGGAGCUCCUUAAAACUCAUACCAUGAAUGCUGCCAUGCAUACCAACUGGUAUGGCUUGUUGGGGAAGAAGAUUAAAGACACCUUUGGGCACAUAGGAGGACCUGCUCUUGGAGGACUAGUUGGACUUAAGAAACCUAAUAACCAUGGAGUUCCCUACUCCUUGACCGAUGAGUUCACUAGUGUUUACAGAAUGCACUCGCUCCUUCCAGAUUCUCUUAAGCUUAGGAACAUCAAUACCAAUCCUGGACCAAAUAAAUCUCCCGAAUACCUCAAAGAUGUCAAGAUGGAGGAGCUAGUUGGCAUAACAGGUGAAUCCACGUUGAACGAGAUUGGCUUUGAAAGGCAGGUUGUGUCGAUGGGCCACCAAGCCUGUGGAGCUCUUGAGCUGUGGAACUACCCCUUCUUCUUCAGGGAUCUUAUCGCACAAAACGUCGAUGGAACUGAAAGAUCAGAUCAUGUAGACAUGCCUGUUCUUGAAAUAUACCGCGACCGAGAGAGGAGGAUUCCACGGUACAAUCAAUUCCGAAGGAAACUGAUGAUGAUCCCAAUUUCCAAAUGGGAGGAUUUGACGGAUGACAAGGAAGCAAUUGAAACCAUAAGAGAAAUAUAUGGAGAUGACGUAGAGAAGUUAGAUCUUCUCGUGGGCCUGAUGGCGGAGAAGAAGAUCAAAGGAUUCGCCAUCAGCGAAACUGCUUUCGUCAUCUUUAUCUUAAUGGCAUCAAGGAGACUGGAAGCUGAUCGUUUCUUCACGAGCUAUUUCAAUGAGAAGACGUACACCAAGAGGGGGUUCAAGUGGGUGAACACCACAGAAAGCUUAAGAGAUGUUCUCCUGCGCCAUUACCCUCAUACUGUUUCCAAAUGGAUGAACUCCACCAGUGCAUUCUCCGUGUGGGAUGCUCCACCUAAUUCCUUCAAUCCCAUUCCGCUGCUUCUACGGUUCCCAAGUUAAGCGCCAGUAGUGAAGUGAGGAUUCGUGUGCGUCUAAGUUUCUGCAUCCAUGACAAGUGGUUUAAUUCCCUUUCCGAACUCAUGAAGCCAUCGUUCCUUUGAUUGAUUCAUCCAAACAAUAAAGUGUGUUCCUUCAUGUCUGCUUGAUCCUCUAGUUUGUUCUCUUAAUUA